CUUUCUCACAUAAAAACUCUCACCCCCUCCCCUUUUCCUUUUCUCUCUCUCAGGAACUACGAAGAAGACAAACCUCCCCCUUUGAUUUCCUCUUCAAAAGUCUUUGCUUUCAAGAGCGGUUAACACCCUCCACAACCACCACCACCACUACCACCACCAUAUGAUCAGCUACUGAAAACACUCACACAUAUUUAUAUAUAUAUAAAUAUACGUAAAUUUUGUAGGCAUAGUGAUAGUGUUAAAUGAGGUGUAAGAAACAUACCGCCGAUUUCAGCAGCACCGUCGGCGUCUGCGCCUCCUGUCUCCGGGAGCGCCUCUUUGUACUAAUCGCCGCGCAGGCUGAGGCCCAUCAGAAGGAGGCUCAGCUCCCGCGAGCGGAAUCGCGCGCCGCUUUGUCGGAGGAUCCCAGGAAGUCCGACCCGACUCUGCCACCGCCUCCGCUGGUCUUCCCUCGGUCCGUGUCCCCCUACGUCGCUCGCCGCAAAUCGGACGAGUCGACGUGGCAACACAACACCUCCCAAGACCGCCGGUUCUACAGCACUCCGCAGGUGGGCCCUACCUACGCGGGGGCUAACACCUUUGCUACCGUGGAAGCUUGUAGGAAGAAGAGCGGAAGGUUCUCGCUGUUGACGAAACUAUUCAGGACCAGAUCCGAGAAAAUCGAGUCGGAUCCUAGGGUUUCGUCUCGGGAAUCGUGCGCGCCCUCGUCGUCGGCAACGAUCUCUUCUUCUUCUUCUUCUUCCCCCUGGUUCACCGCGAUCUUCUCCGGCAGCCGGAGAAAGAAUUCGCGGCUCUUCGUCCUCGAAGAACCCUCUGCCCCCGAGAACAGAAAGCCUCGCCCGACAGCCGAUCGAGGAAUGUCUCCUGUAAGGACUGCGGAUUCGGACAACGAAUGCGAUCGAUCUCCGUCAGCCAGCGGGUACUCUUCGGAGUCGUGGAGGUCUCCGGCCUUCCCUGUUCGCCGGGGUCGGCAGGGACACACCCGGAACGUGUCCGGAAUGGCGUUCUGCCUGAGCCCGCUGGUGAGAGCGAGCCCUAGCCGGCACUGGAACCAGAAGGGCUUGCAGCCGGAUAUGGCGGUCUCCGGAGAGGCCAGGGAUCCAAGGAAGCUGCACCUCUCCACGGCGGGGUCGUUUUGCAAGAACCGUUCCAGGAAGCUCGCGGAUUUCGGGAGAGUCCACCACAACCGUUGAUUCCAUUGACCGUUGACAUUUCCCUCGCCGUUGAGAGCGUUGUCACGUAAAAUUACUCUUUUGCUUUAUAUUCCUUUACGUUUUGGUUUUCUUUUUUUUCUUAAAUUUUUGUAUGGUUUAUAAUUUCACGUUACAAAUUGAUAGAGAGAGCGAGAGCGAGAGACAGCGAGAGCGAGAGAGAGAGAUUGCGUGUUCCCUUCAUACGAAUGUUCAUUAUCACAGACAAAUUAUUAUUAUUAUUAUUUUUUUUUUCAAUGUAAAUAUGGGAUUCUUUUCGAAAUUACCUAUUGCCCUUCUCUUUUCACA